AUGCGUCACUGGACCAAACAGCCCCUCAGGAGAGAUCCAGCCAUAGCAGCAGCAGGGAGUGUAGCAUCUCCAUCCCCAGUGCGCGUCCAGACCAUCCUUCCCAGCAUGUUUGAUGCUGGAGUGGGGAUCAUGCAGAGCUGGUUCUGUGCCUGCUGGGACAGCUCCUGGGUGAUAUACACCUGCGUCCUUCUGGUCCUGGUCAUCUUGGUGGCCAUGGUGACUCAGCACAGCUUCUCCUGGAGAAGCAGGAUGGCUCUUCGGAGGAAGAGGACACACCGAAAGAAAAAGCAGAAACCGAAAGCUUUUGGUUGCUGUGAGGAAGAGCUGGAGGAGGCUGGUGCAUCCCUAGAGAUAUGCUGCCCUGUGCACCCGGAGAAGUUCGGCUUGGCUCAGUACCUCAGGCUGGUUGAGAGGAGGCUACAGUACAUGGCCAGACACCUGGAUGAAGUUCUGAUACCGCCGAGUGUGUCGACAUCUGCCACGAGCCAGUUCUCCUACUCCUCUAGGGAAUCCACCACCUCUGCCCUCCGGAGUCCCAGCUCCUUUUCCCUGAGAGAAGCCGCCAUGAUUCAAUCAGAGCCCCUCUGCCACACGGGGGAGAUCAUGCCUGUCGGGGGCUGGGAAGGAUCCGCUCAUCCCAUCCAAGCCCAGCCUCUCACCAGGCCUCCUGCCCACAGCAAACGAGACCGGGGAGAGCAGACCAUGGGUCUGGACCAGACGUCAGUCCAUGGCUUAGACUUCAACAUCCGCCAGAAGCAUCUGCAGAGUCAACUGGGGGCUCCUACCCCAUACACAGAGUCGCUGGCCAAGAUGAUCCCUAACGUCCCUGCUCUGCACCCACCGGACAGAGACCCCAGGGUGAAGUUCAACAUGAGCAGGGUCCCUUUCCUAAGCUGUGAAGUCCUGGAGGAACUGGACUGUCACGUGCACACAAAGAGACUCCAGCAUGAGCAGGGUUUACCCCUCACCCCCCAAAAACCCCACACAGCUCUUCUGCCUCCAGCUCCACAAACCCCCAUCCCGGGGGAGCCAUUGCUGGGUGAGCGGGACACCAAGCAGCAAUUGAUAUUAGACACAGAUUGGCCCAAAUGUGGAUUUCCAGCAAAGGUCCUGGAGCCCCUCAGAUCCAACACCAGCCCUCAGCGUGCACAGGCGAUCCAGGAGCCAUGUGUCUGCCCCUCUGGACCCCUGCCUCAAAAGGCCCACAGGAUCCUGGCAUCCCCUGAUGCCAUCCUGGCCAGGCUUGUGCCCACGCUGGUGGUCAAGUUGCAGGAUCACAUUGCUCAGAAAUGCUCAGAGAUCCAAAUGCAGGCAUUCCCAAAGAUGGUGAGAGAGUCGCACAGAGAUGCUCCCCUCGUGAGAGAGACGGCAAUAGCAGAGAAGAUGCUCACAGACACACUCCACCUUUAUAGGAGCAAGUUGAGAAAGCCCCUUACCAGUGUGAGUGGCACCAAAGGGACUGAAGAGAAGCUGGAGCUGCACAUGGAGAGGAAGGUUCUCUUGGGAGAAGGCUCUUGUCUGGGAGGAGGAAGGCUAACGCACCUCGGGGGAGUCACCGGAGGACAAGGUGAAUGA